GCGGCUGAGUUACGCUCGUGUGCGCGACUGGGCGGCCUCGAGGUCUUUUUGUGCUUCCCAUUUUGUCUCGUGGUGCGGCACGUCCACCACCGUGGUCCACUGACGUUUCCGCUGUGUGCCAUAUCGCAUGGCCGACGUGUGCAUACGGAGGCUCGCGUGGUACUCGCCGUGUCACGAGCUGCGUCGCCGUUGAAGGAGAGGCCCACCAUCGUCCCGCCCGCACCAUCGUCCGCAUCGGCGCACCUAUAUUCGCACUCUCGUGUAACGAUCUCCUCCCCUUGAAAAGUGAGUGAGAGAAAACGGAAAGGAAGGCAAACGGGCCGCGUGCGAAGGUGGCCGUGCUUAAACGCUUUAAUGCCCGCGCGCGCGAGACAUUAAUGGGCGGAGAGAGAGAAAGAGAGAGAGAAUGAACGGACGGCCGCCCCUGCGUUGAAUCACACCACGUUUCGCCGUGGUUGAUAUAAUCCGGUGCGAACUGGAUCGGUGCGGUAUCUCCUAGCUAUCGAUAAUCUUCCGUUCUUCGUGUGAUUUUCGUAGAGAGAAAGAGAGAGAGAGAGAGAGAGACACACAUCGCCGUCACACACGGUAUUUCCGGCUUUGUCGACGCGCGGGCCACAUUGCCUGCUCGUCAUCGACGUCGUCGUCGUCGUCGUCGUCCAUUCACCGGACGAGCUAAAACAGCGAUAAAUCUCCUCAGCAUCGGAGCACCUGGUAACGCCGCGACCACGCGUCCCCACGCACGCCAACAGCGAUGUCGAACGAGGAGACCUCCGCCGAUCGCAAUGUCGAGAUCUGGAAGAUCAAAAAACUCAUAAAGAGUCUCGAGAUGGCCAGGGGGAAUGGUACGAGUAUGAUUUCAUUAAUCAUACCUCCAAAGGACCAAAUAUCGAGAGUAAGCAAGAUGCUGGCAGAUGAAUUUGGCACAGCGUCGAAUAUUAAGUCACGUGUAAAUAGAUUAUCCGUUUUGGGUGCAAUCACAUCGGUACAGCAUAGGCUAAAGCUAUAUACUAAAGUGCCUCCAAAUGGCCUGGUAAUUUAUUGUGGAACUAUCGUAACAGAAGAAGGGAAAGAAAAGAAAGUUAACAUCGAUUUUGAACCUUUCAAGCCUAUUAAUACUUCUUUAUAUCUUUGUGAUAAUAAGUUUCAUACAGAAGCGCUCACGGCAUUGCUUGCUGACGAUAAUAAAUUUGGUUUUAUUGUUAUGGAUGGUAAUGGAGCAUUGUUUGGCACGUUACAAGGCAAUACGCGUGAGGUAUUACAUAAAUUUACAGUGGACCUUCCGAAAAAACAUGGCAGAGGUGGUCAGUCUGCGCUGCGUUUUGCCCGAUUACGUAUGGAAAAGCGACAUAAUUAUGUUCGAAAAGUAGCUGAAGUCGCUACUCAACUGUACAUCACUAACGAUAAACCUAAUAUCGCUGGAUUGAUUCUCGCGGGUAGUGCCGAUUUCAAGACCGAACUUAGUCAAUCUGAUAUGUUUGAUCCGAGAUUGCAAGCUAAAGUUAUAAAACUGGUAGAUGUGUCGUAUGGUGGUGAAAAUGGUUUUAACCAGGCCAUUGAAUUAGCAGCCGAAUCUUUGCAAAAUGUGAAAUUUAUCCAAGAGAAAAAACUAAUUGGUCGUUACUUUGAUGAAAUUUCUCAAGAAACUGGCAAGUACUGUUUUGGUGUAGAAGACACGUUGAGAGCCUUAGAAUUAGGUAGUGUCGAAACUCUAAUAUGUUGGGAGAAUUUAGAUAUUCAACGAUAUGUUUUGAAAAAUCAUACAAACGCGGAAGAAAAAGUAUUGCAUCUAACGCCAGAACAAGAGAAGGAUAAGACGCACUUCACAGAUAAGGAGAGCGGGGUAGAAUUGGAACUUGUAGAAUGUCAACCAUUGCUUGAAUGGCUUGCAAACAAUUACAAGAGUUUUGGUGCUACCUUGGAAAUUAUCACAGACAAAUCGCAAGAAGGAUCCCAAUUUGUCAGAGGUUUUGGUGGAAUUGGAGGAAUCCUCCGCUACAAAGUUGAUUUCCAGUCACUGCAGGCUGAUGAGCCUCUUGAUGAUGUUGACCUCGAUGAUUACUAAUUUCAUCCGUGAAUUACUCAGAAUCGACCAGGUAGCUCUUUCUCUGUCUUGCGUGCGUUCAUUUACAUCUCGUGUAUCAUAGAACAUGUUAUUUGCAAAGUUGGACAAAUUUAUCACAUUUGUUCAUCUAUUAUCAAUUUAUUUAUCUCCUGCAUUAUAAGUAUUUGAUGAUAUAAAUGUAAAUGUGAUUUAAUGAAAUUCAAGUAAAUGGAGUAUCUACUGGUAUAGAUCUCCAGAUGCAUAUAAUUAGUCAAAUGUCUAAGACAUUACUUCUACUUAUAUAUUAAUUUAGCUUUAUGGCUAAAAAAAUGCUUAUUCUUAUUCUCUCUUUCAUAACGUAUAUAUCGCUUCUCAUUAAUAACGUACUAUUUACACAAAAAAAUUUAGAUUUUUAUAAUUAAAAUUUAGCUUCUUAUAAUUUAUUAUAUAAGUUUAGAUAUUAUAUAAGUUUAAGAUCUAUAUGACAAAUUACAUACAUUGUUUGAUGACAUGGAAAAAUAAUAUUUACAUUUAUUACAUAUAUAUAUAUCUGUGUGUGAGAUGUAGUCUGCUUUUUGUGAUUAAUUUAAAUAUAAAGAUAAAUUUGUCCAAGAAAAAUUCAGUUUCUUCCAUUGGGUUUCUCACUAAAUAGUUUGGUUCUUUUUUGUGCAGAUCUGUAGUAUAUAUAUGCAUAUAUGUCUCUUUCCAAAUAAUUUUGGAUGUGAUGAUAGAUGUUUUUAGUUCAUGUUUAUCAAGGGUAUAAUGUUUAUUAUUUUCACGAAUAAAAAAGAAGCCUGAAAACA